AAGAAGGUGAAAGCAUUACGCAUCGGUCUCCAAGUAGCUGAACCUUUCGUGCGCCAGGAUGUGAAACACAGGCUUUCCAAAGCAUCGGUUUUACUACAUCAUAUACAUACGUGCAUUAUAAUAUGAAAAAACGUGAAGCUGAACGUGCAACAAAGAAAGAAACUCGUACAACUUUUCGGAAAGCAUCGUACUUGGUCGUGGUCGCAUUUUUGUACUUCUGUCUGCAUGUAAUACGGAUACGCACUACUACAGCACAUCUCGGUACACGCAAUUGUUUGCGCGGCUUCGACGGUACCGUGCUACUAGCAAGAAUGUGUGCUAGUAGCUUUACAACUAGUAGGCUCAUUUUGCAUUGCAGUCUUAUCCGUCACAAUUUCAUACACAACGAACAGGGCCGAGGAGUCGGGAUGAAAGCGUCAAUGCGCCCAGGACGCUAUAGCCUCUCACUCUCCACCAGUCACUUGCAUUUCUGGAGGUGAUAUUGAUACCCUUAAAUCCCGCCAUAGUUCAAUUGUUUGUCCCCUCCCCUUACAACCCAUGCACGUAUUUAGAAAUCUAGGAAAAAUUAUCAAAAUGACUAGAAGUUGUAUCAAAUUCUUCCCAACACCCACGCUGCACUGGUCAACAAGAAUCCGAUAAAAUUGCAAGGUCGUCGUAUAGACAUCCACAUCGUAAUUUUAUUUGUGUUUGUGAAGAUUCUAUUGUACCUCAUUGCGCUGUAUCAUCUUCGCCUGCAGACCGCACUUGUUGCACUCUCGCGUCACUAACAAGGCCCCUCGAGCAGGUGGAUCACAGGAACAAGGUGAAGGUCCAGCGAAGAUGACAACGGUGCUAGUGGAAAGGAACGAAAAUCAGCUGCGCCCCCGGGAACAAGCGUACUACCAUGUGGAGGUGGAGCCCGCGCCGGACGACUGUGGCAGUGGGUCAUCUCCGAGGUCCUCGUUGCACACCAGUACUAACCUCGCCACCAGUUUGAAUUAUCAACAAAUAGCUCGGUUCGAGACCACCAGCAGUGUGUUCGCGGCGGAAACGGUAAGCGUUUUAACUGUUGCCGUGGGGGAGUCGCAGGCGGCCCGUUCCGUGGACGACUUAGAUGAGUUGGAUGAUGUAGACAACGCGAUUCAGACAGAGUACGCGCCUGUGGGCGAGAGUGUGGUCGCAUUGCCAGCACCACAUCAGGUGGUUUCGACAAGUGGGCCGCGGGGUGGCACGAAAUUAGGUGGCCAGCACUCGGUGUCCUCGCGCACGAUAGAACUCCGGUCGGUGGUGGGGGAAGAAGAUCAAAGAGCAGCUGUGCGGCAAAAGAACAGGCCCGAACUACAUCAAGUUCGAGAUGAUCGAGUUAUUGACCUUGAGGCGCAGCAGGAAGAUGAGGAUGAAUUUACGUUUCUCGGCAGCAUCCAAACUGGACGUGCUGGUCCCAACAUUGCAUCAGGGGCCAAUGGCCCUUUAUUCAGCGGAGGGCCUGCAACUCCUCACAGUUCCAACAACAGAGGUGGUAAUUAUAUGUCGGGAGUCGUUCCACGUCCACCACCACCGCCCAGCAGCACGGGUAUUGUGGCCUCGGGAUCGGUGACCACUUUGGCGCAGACACGGAGUGGAACUGGUGGUAGGCGAGGCGGGACGUCGAGUGCUGCGCGCAGAGGAGCCGGGCUCACGAUAGACACGACGACGGGUAACGCGGUCGUUGGAGAUCAACAUCCUCAAGGCACGAAUUAUGGAGGUGAAGACGUCGUACCUAAUAACGGUGGCCCACGCGAUGCCCCCGGAGAAGAACAUCAGGAACAACAGCCAGGAGACCACCGCCAUCAUCACCACCAUCACUCUUCUCGUCACAGGCGCGGCACAACAUCAAGGCCGCGUCGUUCCUCUUCGCGCAACAGCGGUGCGUUGUCGUUUCUGCACCUGGAUCCGCACCUCGCACACCUGAACGAGCGUGAAUACGCCUUACGCGACCGGCAGCGCUUUGAGUGGAAACGGUUUUUUGAUGCGCGCGUCGCCGACGUGGUGCCGGACCGGGUGUGGCAGCGGUGCGGGCCCUUUCUGCAGGACUGGUGGACCGAGUACCCGCUGUGGCUGUCCCUGGCGGUGGAUGUGUCCACGGGCAUGGUGCUUUCCGGGGUGGUUUUAGGGUGUUUGUACCUGUCCGGUGCGCUGGGACACAGCGAGGACGACUCGGUGGGUGAGUGGGUGUUGCCCGCCAUUCUGUCGCUGACCAGCGGCGGCGUGUUUUUACACGUGUUGCUGAUCGCCUACAACCGUGAGCGGUUCUCGGUGCUGAUGAUCCUCGCGCGGGACUACUACGAGGGCAGCCGGCUGGAGUCCGUCUACUUGUCCAACCAGGCGCUGGCCCGCAACCGCGACGGCAGCCCGAUGGCGGGGGCGGAGGUGCGCCGGUUCGAUGCCUACCGCCCGCACUGCAUGGCCGUCAGCACGGUCGGGAACCCCGUUUUCCCCGCGGACGACGAAGAAAACGACAGUCGGAGUGCUGGCAGUAGCACCAACAGCGGGCUCAUGACGGAAAUUCUCGGCUCCGUCCCUACCGACAUACAACCUCCCCCGGGAGGUCUAGACACGAGCAAUGGCGGGGGCGCAGCGGUUGUGGCAGGAGCGGCCACGGGGGGCACCGGUGCGGUGGAUCCGUUGUUUCCCAACAACAGAUCCUUGCCCUCGGCGCCAGGAGGUUUUUUACACCAGCACGCAGAGCAAGCCAGCGUCGCGAGUGUGUGUAGCACGACUGCCGCGGUGCCGGGCAGUUCGGUCGCGGGGCGGAGCAGUACCCGGGGCCUUGAUCUGGCGUCCGAGCAAUCACAGAUUUUGCCGCGCACUGCCAGGAGUGGAGAGGACGAUAGUGCUUCCGUUGUCGCUGGUACUUCUGCAGCGGCCUUUAGUAUUGCCGAGUUUCCGGCGACUGCGACAGUCCCAAUGA